GUAAGUCCGUUUGCGAUCAUAUUUCAUAUUAAAUUUUUAUGUAUCGCACGUAGUGCAGCCUCUUCGCCGUUCGGCAGUAAUUCAGCAGUAUUGCUUCAGCAUCGCAACAAAUAUGUGAUUAUCAAUAAUAAUGGAGGGACAUGAAUCACACUCUGAGAGUGGAGAAGGGAAUCGUUCCCGCUAUGUUACAGCCCUGUCAAGUGAUGAUGUUAACGAGCGAAAUGACCGAGUAUUUAUGCAAGACACAAUUGAAAUGGCAAAAAUAGAGAACGAAGAGAAAGGGCAGUAUGUCAACGGAAUACCAUUUUCAGAUAAUAUGUCAGAAGAAGAAGUACAGAGGAGACUCCGUUUACUUAAUACGGGUGAAGGUGAAAAAAAGUACGGCGAGAGAGUUCAGAACUUGUGCCAAAAAUUAAAGCAGAAUAGAGAAGAACAAGAGGAACUGCAGAAACGGUUGAAUGCUCUAAAGGAAAAUGAGCGAAAGUUGAAGAAAGAGAUAGAGAAGUUAAACAAUACCCAGAAGAAAGCAGACUCAACAACAAUGGAAGCGGAUAAGGAGUCAAAUAAGUGGCGUCAGAAAAUACAAGAGCUAGAAGACAGGAGCCAAGAUGCUUCGCAAACAGUACAAGCUGAUACUGCAGAUGGAAAUGAACCAAAAAUGAGUGAUGCUAAAGCUGUGAAACAUGGGAAGAAAACUGGCUGUCACAAUGACCCAAAAGAAGUAACACAAAGGAUGGAGGAAGAUCUCUAUGAUCCAGGUUCUGGAAUUGACUCUACGGAGGAGAAUAGUUCUGAUGAUGACAGAAACCAGGAAGAAGGUGUUCAACAACAGAGUGAAGAGCAACCUAAAAAGAGUUUCUGGGGGCGUCUAAAGAAGGGAAAGAAAAAUGAUCAACAACAGAGUGAAGAGCAACCUAAAAAGAGUUUCUGGGGGCGUCUAAAGAAGGGAAAGAAAAGUGUUCAACAACAGAGUGAAGAGCAACCUAAAAAGAGUUUCUGGGGGCGUCUAAAGAAGGGAAAGAAAAAUGUUCACCAACAGAGUGAGGAGCAACCUAAAAAGAGUGUGUGGAAGAUCUGGAAGCGUCGAAAGCGGGGAAAGAAAAAUGAGAGAUAUGGCAGGUUUCGAGACAAUGAUAAUCAAGGAGGCGACUUGGCAGAUGAUGGGGAGUCAGUUUGAAUAGAAACCUGAUCAUCUCCAUAGAAUUGCUGCACUGUGGAUUUUAAAGGAAGGCCAACCUAAUAUUCUAAAACUGUUUGAAUGUAUUCUUCAAGUUUACCUUGUCUACGUAAAUUUCAACAAAAGGAAGAAACAUUUUUUUGCUUAAUUCUUAGUGUCUCACCAUACAAUGCAUAUAUUGAACCUUAAAAUAUGAAUAUUUUAAUUUUAAAAGAUCUUGCCAAGCUCUUUGGAGCUUUUAGUUUUAAUAUA